GGACGGCGUCGACUGAUACCCUUUGAACUUUAUUGCUAUCUCGAUCGAAUCUGAAAUAAACAAAACCGAUGGCCUGACUUUAUGUGGGCGUCAGGGAUACACAUUAGUCACAACUCUCGAGACCUUUCGUAGCUCAAGCCAAGCUAGGAUCUUCCAUCGAGUCGCCGACUUCUAGAAGCAUGCAUGCAUCGCCAGCUAGCGAGAGCCGACUUUUAGGAUACCGGAACGCCAUCCCUUUCGCUCGACCUGGGACUUUACGAGCCACGAUUGCUAAUGUCAAUAUUCCGUUGUCAGCUCGACACCCAAUGCGGAAGCAGCCAAGGCUGCGUAGGACUGACAAGUUCGCGCGAAAUGAUCUCCAAUCUCCAACGCAUCACCAUCUUAGGGCCAUUCGGACAUUGCCACUCGGCUGCACGGCACCAGCGCAUGUUCUUCUAGCAAUGGUCCAUGCACGUGGGGUGAAGGAUGGUGGCUGCCUCAGGCGGAUUGGACCGCGGCUGUCAGCUGCGAGACACUGCGUGCGGCGUGGAGGGCUUCACCACACUCGAAAUGGCGCAGCGGCUCGCUAUGCGAGCUGGUGCCUACCAAUUGCCAUUCUCGAUGAUUACGGCAGUCUCAAUCUCUUCGACUCGAGUGACAAGAGAGCGAUACUGGCACAUGGAGAUCUCCCAGCCAUGUACGCAUGCCCAGCGACGCAUAUCAAAUCGCCACGCCCGUCAAGAAAGCGAAGCAGUCUUGGAUGGCCUAGGCGAGGACAAGCAUGCGGAAGAGUGCUUAGGUAAAGCCUAGGGGGACGAUCCGGGCAUCUGGGCAUCGAGGCACGGCGCAGUGACUUCGCAAACGAACUGCACCGGAGGUAACCAGCGGUGCUGUGCAUCAUCUUCCCGGCUCGAAUCUGCAAGGCUGCUCGUCGGCGGUAUUGGCAGGCGUACUUUCGGGGUCCUCGAGAAUCCAACUGCCCAACGGAUCCAAUGGAAACGGAGUGUGCAUACUAGACGCUCGCGACCUCCGUGGCCUGUGUCACCUCGACGAGGCGAAGGCCGCCUGCGCUCGAUGACCCUGGUGCUACAUCCCAUUUUGGAGGUCCACGUUGUGCAAGGAAGAAGUGCGAUUGGUGAAUUGAGGUCCUCCCGCGCCAAGUAGGCUAAGCAGA